CCGAGCUGGUUCCACUCUUCGUCUCAUUCGUCUCCGGUGGCGGGAUACCCCUGCCAGUCUUCCACAUAGUUGCUCGGUACAGCAGGAGUAACUUGGUUUGGAAAGCAAAAGCCAAGAUAACAUACAUCGCCUUGACUUGACGACCAUGCCAAAGGACAAUGGGGAGCUGACAGCUGCUGAGAAGCACGAGGCAGCCAGAGCGUUUGCGUUGUCGGGGACCUUGUCCAAAUUUCAACGAGCCAAGCAACGGAAAAAAGCUUUGGAAGCGGCCAUUACGACUGCCAAGGCUCCUCCCCCCGCGAGAGCAUCCUCCAAGGCAAAGGCACCCAAGCCGCAAAAGAGGAAGCAGAACAAGAAUGACAAGAAUAGUUGGCCGCAAGUCCAACAAAGUGACUGGCAGUACGUGUAUAUUGCCAAGGGACCCUUUGCUGGUAGAUUUGGGUAUUACGAUGAUCAAGAAGAGGACAGCGCCGUUAUCUACUUUGGGGCGCCGUUGUUGGGAGAGGGACCCUAUUGUGUUCCGUUGGAAGACUUACGAGUCCCACCCAAGAGCUACUGCAAGGAUUCCUACACUCCUAUUUGAAUGAAUGAAUGAAUGGCUUCAUUUGUUAUUAUUUAUACCCCCUACAUCAUUUCCAACAACAACAAUCUAUCUGUGCAGAAUGAAUCGGCUAGUUGGAUGACAAUCUUCAUUCAUUUUUCCAAAUUGCAAAUCAUGUAAUGUAUUCCAUACAGGCAGCACACAAAUCUCAUCCAAAUUUUAGAUGAUUAUCUGGCACAAAUUACAGAAUGAUAUCUUUUAGUGGAAUUGAAUCUCGCAUUGGGCGCAGGUCCUUGGUGAUCAUUGAUCAUGUCCGGACCUUAAAACUUAUGGGCAUUUCUAUCUUUACUCAAUACCUAUUGAUAAGUCUCAUAGUUAAUCGUGUCUGUUGAAUCUUCAGAGUCUCGAACAAAGUCAAUCACCUGGGCCCAGAGCACAAUCGACAAUCGACUUUGGAAACAAUAGAUUUGUUCUUCGUUUUGCAUGCAA